CGCGGAUCGCGAGCUUUAGUCGCACGAUCUCGUCCGGAGCCGUCGGGGGCGCUCCACGUCGCGCUCGAAGCCUCGAUCGAUCGACGGAUGGGAUUCAACGCGUCCCGCCUCGAUCCUCUGACGUUCAAUCCACUCCGUCCCGUCGUUGAUCGAUCGCCGGGAUCGUUUUCAACCCUGCAAUCCUUUCUCGACAGUGAAAGUUCCGACGAAAGCUCGGCAUCGGUCAUGGUUGUCGCGAGUUCGGUGCAGGUGAACCGCGUGCGUGCUUCGCACACGUUUGGUGGAUCUUGAGAUACCUCUGGAAGCCGCGGAGACCAGUGCGCAAGGGCGAAGACACUCCCCGGCGGUGCAACGCGUGACCUUCUCCCAGGUUCUCGUCGUCGGAGCUCGCGCAGCCAGUGUCUAUGAUACCGUGAAAGUCCAUCACGCGCGUGAGGAUGUCGUCGAGUGGUGAAUUUUCGACUCUUUCGAGUGGUGAGGUCACCGGGACCGGCGACGAUUCGUUGCCAAGUUCGCGGGAGGCGACCGCCGAAGCAGCGAAUUCCGGGGCCGGAUUUAUGCCCCUGCGCGAGUUCCUGGACAGAUUCUCUCUUCCCAGGGUGGUCAGGGUGGAGGGAGCCGGCGGACGACCGAUUCUGUUGUACAAACAACAACAGAGAUCACUCAGAGUCACGGCCACCCUGCUGAUGCACCGUUACCGUCACGACGUUAAAGUUGGACCGGAAAUCGUGAUCCCGGAAGGAUACCCUGAUUGCAAUCUCAGCGAGAGCUGAUAGCAUGAACUCGGCUGUAG